CCCAGAUAAACAAAACUCUUUUAUACAUAUACUGUAUAUAUUUGAAGGCCGAGCACAAACGUUGACAUGGAUUAAUCUGUUAAAUGUUUGAAUUUCCAGCCUUAGGUUGGGCUGAAAGGGAAUUACACGUGGGCAUCUGCAAAGUCAAUGGAGAAAAAAUAUCCAGCAAUCGCAGGAAGAGAAAAAGGGCCAGGUCCUGGUCGCUAUGGGCUUCCUCCAACCAUUGGAUUUAAUGGCCAUGACUUCACCAAACCAACAAGCCCUGCCUACUCUUUCCACAGCAGAAUGAGUGACAACCUGUAUGGUGUUAACUGCAGUCCAGGGCCUCAGUAUUAUGUUGAUGCAAAAAUCACUCGCUUUGGAAAGGAUGGCACUCCUGCAUACUCCAUGUUGAGCAGAAUAAAAGAAAAGAAGGAGUUAUUCCAAACACCUGGACCUGGUGCAUACAGUCCUGAGAAAGCCCCACCAUGCAACCUUCAGCGCAGACCCCCAUCCUACACAAUGGGUUCCCGCACUCAAUACCGCAGCAUGGACUCAGUACCCGCUCCUAACAAGUAUUCUCUUCCGCCACUCAUGGGCCCUCAAGUCCCACACAAGCCGGCCAGUGCAAGCUACACAAUAUCAGGUAGUUACAGCACAGGUGGACCAUCUGUGGAUUUAGCAAAGACACCUGGGCCUUGCAGGUACAACACUACUGACCCAGGAGUGUAUUUGCGCCGACAGCCAGCAUUUUCCAUGCUGGGACGACACAGCUUACCCAAAGAUGCCACCAAGAAACCUGGUCCUGGAACUUACAAUCCAGAGAAAGUAACUGUUCACAAAGCCCGGGCCCCGGCUUUCUCUCUGGGCAUCAGACACUCCGAAUUUGUCACCCCACUAGUUGUCAAUGUUUCUGACUAAAGUAUCACAUUCAGUAAAUGAUAGAAACAUAACAAUGCAAUGACAGGAAAAUAUAAAAGAAAGCAU